AUGAGUUCACAUCGCGUGGCGAAGUCCUAUGCAAACCCUAUCAUCACCGGAUUCAAUCCGGACCCUUCGAUCGUUCGCGUCGACCAGGAUUAUUUCCUGGUCACGUCGACAUUUGAGUAUUUCCCGGGGGCGCCAAUAUAUCAUAGUACAGAUCUGGUUUCAUGGAAGUUGAUUGGCCAUGCUCUGACGCGACCAAGCCAGCUACAGAUACACACCCCGGAGCCAGGUAGUGGCGUCUGGGCUACGACAAUUCGGUAUCAUAAUGGCAUAUUUUAUGUAAUUACUGCAAGCUUUGAGCGUUAUCGUCCCCAGGAUGAUGAUCGGGUGUGGCCGCGAGGAUUCUAUGUCAAGACCGACAAUAUUUGGGACACGACUUCUUGGUCGGAUCCGGUAUAUUUUGAUGAAGUAGGAUUUGAUCAGGAUCUCUUCUGGGACGACGACGGAACGGUAUAUCUUUCCACAACCCGCCGAAAGCUUCACCGCACGCCGGGCGUCAACCUGAAAGAUUUCGCCAUUCAUAUUUGCACCGUCGACCUUGAGACCGGAAACUCUAUCUCUGAGCCGCGCCUUAUCAGAGAAUCACCAUCCGGUAUAUCUGAAGGCUCACACAUCUUCAAGCGGGGCGAUUACUAUUAUCUUUUCACUGCCGAGGGUGGUACCGAGAGCGGACAUAGUGAAUGGGUUUGCCGAAGCGACAAAAGCCCUUUCGGGCCAUGGGAGGCAGGACCUAAUAACCCACUGUGUCACAAUACCGUCGAGGAUGAUGUACAGAAUAUUGGUCAUGCGGAUUUCGUCGAGGACGUUGACGGCAAUUGGUGGGCUGUGCUUCUCGCCGUUCGUCCCGUCAAGAAGAGCAAGGGAAAGUGGGAGACAUCUGUAUUCGGUCGCGAAACAUUCUUGGUUCCGGUUGACUGGGUGGACGACUGGCCUGUCUUCAAUGGAGGCCAGAAAAUCUCACUGCAGUCCGGUCAGCCGGCUGUUGCGCAGAAGAAACCAAAGAUCUGGAUAGACGAUUUUUCAGACACAGAUUUGCAACUCGGAUGGUAUCGUAAAAGCAAGUACAACUUCCUCUGCGCUGAUACGCCUAAGAAACGAGAUUAUUCCUUGAUUGGAAGCCCAAGUCAUCUCCGAAUUCACGGAGGCCCAUAUCAAUUAUCUGAUCCAGCAUGCCCAACGCUUUUUCUGCGCAAACAAUCCGAGCGUUUUUGUACUUGGGAGACCCGUCUGUCGUUCACUCCCUCCUCGCUGUAUACAGAGGCUGGAACAGUUGUGUGGAUGGACUAUUUCACAUACAGCACUAUUGGCAUUCGACUUAAGGACUAUAACAGCAGUGGCACUAACGAUUCCCCUAAAGGAAAAGCUUUGCGAAGAAUAAUCCGAUUUACUCCUCCAAUUGGAAGUGGCGUUGACGUGAUUGAGCACGAACUCAAAAGCUUGGACUCCGAUAUUAUCCUACAGAUUAAUUGCGGAGAUCGAUAUCGAUUCAGCUUCAGAGAAAUUAUCGACAGCGAUACAACGACUCAUGAGCAAUUUCAGUACCUAGGCGAAGUGACUAAUGAGAUAAUGACGAGGCCACCUCCAAUUGGCCUUCAAUUCACAGGCAUUAUGUUGGGAUUAUAUGCGUUUGGCACAUACCAUCCCUGUUCCACGCCAGCGGACUUUCACUAUGUUCAAGUGACCAAUACCUCUCCUAAAUAUAAAUAG